AUGGAGAUGGAGUCGACAUAAAUAUUUAUAGAAUCGAUUGAAGGUUUGAUUUAAUAAGUGAAGAAAAGAAUUGUUUCAUAAGAUUUUGAUUGCAAUUAUGACGAAUUUAUGAAAAUAAAGAAAGUAAUUUAAAAGAAUAGGCAAAUUUCAUAAUUAAUUUCAUAAAAUGCUCUUCUUGAAAUGGUUAACUUAGAUGCUUCUUAUAAUUUAUUUCAAGUAAACGCCUGCUUGCCUUAGGUUUUGAGGAAAUAUGAAUUAAAAGACUCUUUGACUGUCAAAAUAUGCAAAAUAGAUAAACCAGAUAAAUUAAAUAUAAAUUAUUUUGAUUUCUUGCUAGUAAAUAUGUCUUAAUAAGGAAUAUUUAUUGACUCAUUCGGACUCAAUUUGUAUCAAAGUAACGCAAAAUUCAAAUAAGCAAUUAAAUAAAUAAAACCUCUUCUUUGUCAUCACGACAACUUGUUAAUUGAAUAAGUAUAAUUAGGUGACUAAUUAAAUUAAGAUCAAAUUAACUUAGCUGAUGCUUUCAUGAUUAAUGGAGUUAAGGAUAUUGAGUAGACUAAUAUUAAUUUGUUUAUUCAAACAGCUAAAGAUGAAUAUAGUUGCAUCUAUAAUUUGAAAAGAAUUUUCGAAACAAUAUAGUUCAGUGAUAACAACUAAUCUAAUAGAGGUUUUUUCAAAUUCGGACUUUCUCUACACAGCACAAUAGGAGAAAACUACUUGCAAAGUAUUUAUAAAUUUUUAACAACAUAAACAUAGAAUUUUAGUUAUUUCUAACAUCCUUCGGAAUUGUUGAUGCUAGUGUCUGAUGGAAGUGAAAAAAAAGUAAUCGAAAUAUUUGAUUAAAUUACUGGCUCCGCUUCAAGCAAAAGUGGUUUUAGAUAUUCUGGAUUCUACAGCUCAUAAAACCCUGGAGCAAUCAAAAAAUUUUCUAAAGAAUUAAUCCCAGUUAUAAGUAAAUCAAUAUAAUUAGGAAAAACAGCAGCAAGCAUAAUAUUGCAUUAAUCUGAUUUAAAUUAACAAGAAAAAAACUCAUUAAAUAACAAACAACAAAAACAAGAAGAGUAAUUGAUUGAAACUAUGGUAAUAGAUAUGAAUGAUAUGCUUAUAAUAAACAAGCUACAAGGAUAUGAAUCUCCAAUUUUUAUUGAUAAUGGACAGUAUACUUAUCUGGAUACUAUCAUGAUGCAACAAAAACCUCUUCCUUAAAAUAUUGUUUAUUUAAUUAAAGAAUAUUAGAGUUUAGGUAUAAAUUAGUUCAGUCUUUAAUAGAAUCUUCUUACAUAAUAAUUUGAGUCAUUAAUUUAUGAAUUAAAUCUGACUACUCAUGAAAUUACUGUAAAAAGUGGCAACGGUUUUGUUUAAAAUAUUCCUCCCAAUCAAACAGUAAAGUAUUUUGCAAAGCUAAAAUCAAAUGAAAAAGAUGAGUGUGAAGAUGAAGAGAUUGACGAAAGUCUAAGUAAGGCAGAUGAGCUAAAAUCAAAAUUAGUUGUUAGAGGAAAUCCUGAAUGCAUAGAUAUAGUCAAAGAAAUCAAGUUAAAUAUAGAGAAAGAUAAAUAUGCUCUAUUUGAAAUUCCUAACAAAAAAGUUAUUCCAAAGGAAAUUUAAAAAUUAUUUACUUUGAUUGAGUUGCAACAUAAAGUUUGGAUACAUAUUGGGAUUGAUACAAUCACAAUUUAAGGAUACAAAAAAACUCUUGGAAGAAUUGUUCCUUAGAUUUACAAAUACUUAAACAGUAUAGAACCUAAGGAAGAGAAGGAUGUAUAGAUUUAGCUGAAACAGGAUCUUGCAUUACCAAGCUAUUGGGAACCUUAGGAGUAGAACUUAAAAAUGGUGAAAUUAGAUUUAAACUCAAAUGAAGGUUAACAAGUUGUUUAGCUCUUUAGAAAAACUUUAUAAAAGCAGAUAAUUUAAAUAGAAAGAAUAUAGAAUCAGGCCUUGAUUAAGAAUUAUUUAUUUGAGAAGUAGAAGCUCUUGGAGAAGGGCGACUCAACAGAAAAACUUCUAUUCCAUGGAACAAGAGCAGUAGAUCCCAAAAUUAUAUAUAAUAGCGAAGAAGAAGGGUUUGAUUUUAGAUUGUCUAAUGAUGGUACGUAUGGUAGAGGAACCUAUUUUCAUGAAACAUCAGUCUAUUCAGAUGGUUACAAAUUUUUAACUCCCCAAGGAACCAGCUAAAUGUUUUUAGCUACAGUUCUGAUAGGAAAACCAUAUGCAAGUGGUCCCUAAAGAUAUACUGCACCUCCUUUUAUUAACAAUUAAAACGGUGUUAGGUAUGAUUCUGUAAUGAAUAAUCUAGCUUAAGGAAAUAACAUGUAUAUAGUUUACCAUAACUCUAAAUCAUAUCCUCUUUAUUUAAUUACAUAUAGGUGA